AUCCUCAAUUUCUUCCGGUGUAACGCUCGCGAAAGUUUCACUUAUUCAAAUUAAUUCAAUACUAAUUGACAUCGAUUGGAUUAAUAUCGCUCCAAUUUCAUCGAAAUGCGCCUUUUUUUGCUUAAUUGAGUAAUAUUCGUCUUCCUUAUUGGAUUAGAUCAUCCAUCCUUCGGGCUAUAGUCGUAAUCACAGUGCUACUUCAAGGUGCGGGUUCUCUGCAUUUGAGAAUGCCCAGUCGAAGUGUCUCAGUGCUGUUAUGUUUGGGGAUGAUAAUAUGCUGUUGUGCUCCCCUGACGAUCUGUGAGGAGAGUGACAGUGAGAUCAUUCUGGUGCACGCGAUCUUUCGGCAUGGAGAACGGACGCCUAGCAGGUCUUAUCCCACCGAUCCCUACAAGAACGAAACGUUCUACCCUAUCGGACUCGGGGGUCUCACUAAUAAUGGCAAGUUGAUGAUGUUUAAACUGGGCGAAAUCUUGAGAUACAUGUAUGGUGGAUUGCUGGGUGACGUCUACAACGAUGGAAUAGUGUACGUGCGAAGCAGGUACGUCCCCAGAACACAAAUGAGUGCCCUCUUGGUGCUGGCUGGCAUGUGGCCACCGAAUGUGGACCAAAAAUGGCACCCGUCUCUGAACUGGCAACCGAUUCCUGUCCAAUACGAACGUGCUGAACACGAGCAGUUGUUGGAUCCGGUUUGUAAGAAUCUUCAAGGAGAGCUGAAUGCAUACUAUGAAAAACCAGAAAUAGAGGAAAAGUACAUUAGGCCAUAUCGCGAGUUCUUCAACUUUAUAGAGAAUCAUACGGGAUUAAAAAUUAACGACUUUAGAGACAUAAGUCGAUUCUACUUCACAUUGAAGACAGAGGAGGAUAAUGGUCUUAUCCUGCCAGAAUGGACUAGGAGCAUUUAUCCGGAGCCGUUACAUAAAUUCGCCGCAUUCCACUACGCCUACAAGAACUUGGAGAAGAAAUACAGAGUGAUCAAUUCCGGAUUUCUGGUGAAACAAAUCUUGAAGGACUCUCUGGCCAAAGUCGACGGAACUCUGAAACCGGCCAACCGCAAGAUCUUCUUAUACUCCGCGCACGAGACUACGUUAGGGUACCUUUUGUUUAAUUUGAGGGUAUUUCCCAUGGAGGUGCCCGAUUACGGUAACGCAAUACUCGUCGAGUUGCACAAACGGCACCGAGAGUAUUUUCUGAAGAUAAGGUAUUUGAGGACACCUCUAGCGCCGACUGUUGAGGAGUUGACGAUUCCCGACUGCAAAACGCUGUGCCCGAUUGAGCGAUUCGAAGAGCUGCAACGUGCGAGUGAUUUUUUGCCGGGUGAUACUUUUCACGAAGACUGUUACUAACUAUACAUUGUGUUGUAGGAGAAAAUAUAACUAUACUAUA